CAAGAAGGCGGCUGGGCGGACGGUGGCCCCAGAAGAGUGCCAGCGCUUGGCCUGCGGGACCGCACCGCCACCGCCCGAGCUGGCCCCGAGGAACGCCCGCGCCGCCGCCGCGCGGACCGAGGUUAUGAACGUGAUUUUUUAUGAAACUGGAUUGGAAACAUUUUCAUGAUCUUUGUAUACUUAUAUAUAUGUAUUUUAAAAUUUUGCAUUUGACUUAAAGUGCCAUGAGAAAAUUUGCAUAUUGCAAGGUGGUCCUAGCCACCUCCUUGAUUUGGGUACUCUUGGAUAUGUUCCUGCUGCUUUACUUCAGUGAAUGCAACGAAUGUGAUGAAAAAAAGGAGAGAGGACUUGCUGCGGGCGGCGGCCUUUCAGCUGCUGGGGAUGUUUUAGAGCCAGUACAAAGGCCUCAUGAAGGUCCUGGAGAAAUGGGGAAACCAGUCGUCAUUCCUAAAGAGGAUCAAGAACAGAUGAAAGAGAUGUUUAAAAUCAAUCAGUUCAACUUAAUGGCAAGCGAGAUGAUUGCACUCAACAGAUCUUUACCUGAUGUUAGGCUAGAAGGGUGUAAAACAAAGGUAUAUCCAGAUAAUCUUCCUACAAGUGUGGUUAUUGUUUUCCACAAUGAGGCCUGGAGCACACUUCUGCGAACUGUCCAUACUGUCAUAAAUCGCUCCCCAAGACACAUGCUAGUAGAAAUUGUUCUAGUAGAUGAUGCCAGUGAAAGAGACUUUUUGAAAAGACCGCUGGAGAGUUAUGUGAAAAAAUUCAAAAUACCAGUUCAUGUAAUUCGAAUGGAACAACGUUCUGGAUUGAUCAGAGCCAGGUUAAAAGGAGCCGCAGUGUCCAAAGGCCAAGUGAUCACAUUCUUAGACGCUCACUGUGAGUGCACAGUGGGGUGGCUGGAGCCUCUCUUAGCCAGGAUCAAACAGGAGGACAGGAAAACAGUGGUGUGUCCCAUCAUCGAUGUGAUCAGUGAUGAUACUUUUGAGUACAUGGCGGGUUCUGAUAUGACCUAUGGGGGAUUCAAUUGGAAGCUCAAUUUUCGCUGGUACCCUGUUCCCCAAAGAGAAAUGGACAGAAGGAAAGGUGACCGGACUCUUCCUGUCAGAACGCCUACCAUGGCCGGAGGCCUGUUUUCAAUAGACAGAGAUUACUUUCAGGAGAUUGGAACAUACGAUGCUGGAAUGGAUAUCUGGGGAGGAGAAAACCUAGAAAUUUCCUUUAGGAUUUGGCAAUGUGGAGGCACCCUGGAGAUCAUUACUUGCUCACAUGUUGGACACGUGUUUCGGAAAGCUAUACCUUACACGUUUCUGGGAGGCACAGGACAGAUUAUCAACAAAAAUAACAGACGCCCCCCAGAAGUGUGGAUGGAUGAAUUCAAGAAUUUCUUUUAUAUAAUUUCUCCAGGUGUUACAAAGGUAAAUUAUGGAGAUAUAGCAUCAAGACUUGGUCUAAGACACAAACUCCAAUGCAAACCUUUCUCUUGGUACCUAGAGAAUAUUUAUCCUGAUUUGCAGAUUCCACGUCACUAUUUCUCUUUGGGAGAGAUACGCAAUGUAGAAACAAAUCAGUGUCUCGAUAACAUGACUAGAAAAGAGAAUGAAAAAGUUGGAAUCUUUAACUGUCACGGUAUGGGAGGUAAUCAGGUUUUCUCUUACACUGCCAACAAAGAAAUUAGGAUGGAUGACCUUUGCUUGGAUGUCUCCAAACUCAACGGCCCAGUCACAAUGCUCAAAUGCCACCACCUAAAAGGCAACCAACUUUGGGAGUAUGAUCCCGUGAAAUUGAUCCUGCAGCAUGUGAACAGUAACCAGUGCCUGGAUAAAGCCACGGAGGAGGACAGCCAGGUGCCCUGCAUCAGAGACUGCAGCAGAGGCCGGUCCCAGCAGUGGCUUCUCCGCAACGUCACUCUUCCAGAAAUAUUCUGAGACCAAAUUUACACAAGAAAAAAAUAAGGGUUGACUGGGCUACCUCAGCAUACAUUUCUGCCACAUUCUUACAUAGCAAAAAAGGGACAGUGCUCCCUCCUGCGGGAAGUGAGGGUUCUCAGCCAGUAAGACUAGACUCGCUCCUCACGCGCCGUGAACCAGCCUCCUGCCACGUAGCGGGACUGUACACACUGAUGUUUACAAGGUCGAAGAGACUUUCGUCAAGAGUCAUUGUAAAGACUAUUCAGACAGUGAAACAAUCAGCAACAUGUGCUUCCGGAAAGCUGCGCCUCGGAGGGUCUGCUUGCACAGCAGUGGUUUCCGCUGGACAUGCUGUCACAGUGAAGAAUUUCCAAGAUAGAACUGGUAGCCAGUAUAUUAAUAUUGAUACAAAAAUACAUGAAAAGAACUGGAACCAGGUUCAAAAUCAUGAAAAUAACAUUUUUUACAAAAAAACCCCACUAUAUUAAACAGGGUUUAAAGGAAAUUAAAA